UGUGAAAUUUAGUACAAAUUUCACAGUGUAGAUAUGAGCACAGAUUCUUCUGAAUUUACCUCUUGUUGCCCUGACCAUGAGGAAACAUGACAUUGAGGAGUAAAUAGAUUCCUGAAAAAGCGGCAAGCCAAUCAAAAUGGGUCUUUAUUGUUGCCACUGCAGCAGGCAUAUUUCAUCUGAAGAGCGUGACUAGAACAUGAAGCUGGUAUUACAGAGAGCUUUGGAGCUGCUAUCCAUGCCCUCAACACCACCCAGCUGACAGAUGGUGUGAUUAACAGGAGCAAAAGGAUGAUGCUGGACACCCUGGGUGUUGGGCUGUUAGGAACCAGGACAGCUGUCUUUAACAAGGCUCUCACAUACAGCCAGUUGUUCACGUCUCACCAGAGGAGCAGUGUUUGGGGUAAAUCAGAGAUGACUCUUCCUCCUCAUUAUGCUGCAUUUGUCAAUGGCAUUGCGGUUCACUCCAUGGACUUUGAUGACACUUGGCACCCUGCUACUCAUCCCUCUGGAGCUGUGCUUCCUGCCCUGCUGGCCCUCGCCGAGACACUGCCCAGCCAGCCCUCAGGUCUUGACCUGCUGCUAGCCUUCAAUGUUGGAAUUGAGGUGCAGGGCAGACUUAUGAGGUUCUCCAGAGAGGCCUACAACAUCCCCGAGAGAUUCCACCCUCCCAGUGUUGUCGGGGUGAUGGGUAGCGCUGCAGCCUCAGCUAAGCUCCUGGGUCUGUCCCCUGUGGAGUGUGCUAAUGCUCUCGCUAUCGCAGCCUCCUCUGCCGGGGCUCCUUUGGCCAACGCUGCCACGCAAACCAAACCUCUGCAUAUUGGAAAUGCUGCCCGGAAAGGCCUGGAGGCCGCACAGCUGGCCCAGAUGGGACUGGAGGGGAAUCCAGCCAUCUUGGAUAUGAACUGCGGGUUCGGGGUUUACUACAAGGACUACAGUCCUUCAGCAAUGGCAAUUCCUAAUUCUAGUGACUUUAAAUGGAUUCUGGAAGAUCAGGAUGUGGCCUUCAAGCGCAUCCCUGCUCACCUGGGGAUGCACUGGGUUGUGGAUGCAGCGCUGGCAGCCCGGGCAAAGCUUGAAAACACAGUCAGGAACUUUGACCUCAGCCAGAUCAGGCACGUCACACUUCGAGUGCCUCCAUCCAAGUACGUUGACUGCCCCUCCCCUGCCACAGAGCACCAAGCCAGGCACUCAUUUCAGUUCAACGCCGCUUCCGCCCUGCUGGAUAACAAAGUGACAGUGCCCUCCUUCAGUGAAGUCCAGAUUAACCGGCCUGCUCUGAAGGAACUUUUGUCCAAAGUCAAGGUGGAGACCCCUAAAGACAACCAACCCAGCUUUGACAAGAUGUACUGUGAAGUUGAGAUGGAGACAUAUCAGGGGCAGAGAUAUGUAGCCAGAUGUGACACCUUUUAUGGCCACUGGAGGAAGCCGCUGACUCAGAAGGACCUGGUGGAGAAGUUCAGUGUUAAUGCUUCUUCAGUGUUGUGCACAGAGGGAGUGGAGGGUGUAAUUGAAGUGACAGGAAACAUUGAGAGAGUGAGAGAAUGCUCAAUCUUGGGUUCAUAUCUGAGAAUGACAAGUAGUCAACAUGAGCAGGUAUACAGCACAAGGAGUUUGUAAUUAUUCAGGGUUUGAUAAAGCCAAUGCAGGGAGUGUUAUAUCAGUGUGAAGUCAUUUAAAACUUUUCAACAAGAAUUUUAAUCUAAAUAUUUUUUAUUAAUUUGUUUCUGCCAUGAAGUAAGAAAUAAAGUAAUUAAAAAAAAAAAGGGAACAGUUUCAUUUUAUUGCAUUUUUUUUUGGUACAAGGUUUGCCGUUUACUUUCUAAAAUGUGAUUAGCAUUACCAUCAUCAUACAGAUCCACUGCAUUGGAAUAUAAUCCAAUAAGAUUUAGUCAAAUGGAGAUUUUGGCAAAAAAAAAAAAAUCAGACCAUUUAGUACACAUUACA